ACAUAUGACGGAAAUGAGAAAUAGAAACAUGCUGAAAUAACGUCAGUCGUCGUCACAAGAAGAAGAUUAGUAGAGUACGACGUUUGAUAUUAUUUAUAAGGUAUACAAAUAUUUCCUCUUGCGAGACUGGAGAUACGUCUUCAUUAUGAAAUUUUAAGAAGAUUAUUGCAGCUAUGAUAUAGGGUAAAAAAUGAUAUGCUGCAUCUAUUAACGUUGACCAGAAAAUUGUCUCAAACUAUUGUAUACUUUGUCAUUGGAAUACAACAUGUCUGCUAUGUCUUACAAUCCACAAAGCAUGCCGAGCAUGCAGGAGAUAUCCGAUUUGGCGAGACUGUUACGUCAAAAUGGUGAUAAAGUACUAAGUGCUACAAGCAAGCUGUCUUUAUCAACUACAUUGCUCAAUGACCUCAACGAAGCAUUUUCUCUAAUUGUUGAUGAGAGCGAAGAUUUGGAGUGUUCUUUUCAAGUUUGUAAUAGCUCCAAAAUAGAUAUAUUUAGAGAUCUUAAAUUUUUACAUGACUUUGUGCAAAAAACAAUUGGUUUGAAAGUUACACACAAUUCUAAUGACGCUAAAGUUAGCAUCGAUAUUAGAAAAUUUCGGCACUUGAAAUACUUGGAGUUACAUAAAGUGUGUAUUGAACUAGUAAGAGGAAUACAAGGUAUUAGGGGACAGUUGGAAAGUGUUGUUUGUGCUGGUGGAAGAGGUGUUGGAUCAAUUGGAAGACUGUUAGCUGCUUGUGGAGGUGAUGCUGGUGUUGGCUUUGUCUGGGCCUCUUUGCAGCAUUUGGCAUUGCCAUACAAUGCUCUCGCACGUUUAGAUAAAUCGCUCGAACUUGCUCCAUGGCUUCAAACGUUAGAUUUAAGUCAUAAUUUGAUAUCAACGGCAACGGAACUUAAUUGCCUGCCGAGUCUUAAGAAUAUUAAUCUUGGUUUCAACAAGUUGGAGGCAGUACCGAUAUUCAAUAAAGCAUCAUUUCAAACCCUGCAGAUAUUGAUAUUGAAAAACAAUUAUAUAGAUAAUUUGAAUGGUUUACAUGGAUUGGAAUGUCUUACUGAAUUAGAUUUGUCAUACAAUUGUUUAACAGAGCAUUCUGUGCUAUGGCCAUUAGAAACCAUGUCCGCACUCUUGUGGGUGGCGUUGGAUGGAAAUCCAUUGUCCUAUCAUCCCAGACAUAGAAUACUCACUAUAAGACGCUUACAUCCUAGUUUGAGUGAUCGGAAGUUUGUGCUGGAUAAUUUACCGUUUUCAAAGUCGGAAAGGCAAUUGGUAUCACAAAAUAGAAUGUUUGCAAUUAGAUCUGUUCGUUCUGUAUCCAGAGAUGAUUUGGCUUCUUUGUCGGGUUCAGUAACUUCGGAUGUCACAUCUGCGUCGGUAGAGACGUCCAUUAUUAAUGCAUCUAUGACGGAAAGUCAAUCAUCAGAAUUAAUGAAGAGUGUAGAAAAAAGUGUAAUGAGAAGCAGGAGAAAGAGGAACGUAAAAGAAGCUGUGAUUGCUGAGUUUAAAACAAUAGAAAGUUCUACACCAAUUUCUAGUAUAGAAACUUUGACUGAUCAUUUGGAGAUCAAAAAGCAAAUUUUGGCACUUCGUGAAAAAUUUGGUGAAAAUGACUGGUUAACUAGUCAUGCUGGCACUUUUGUCCAAGACAUCAUGGGUCUCGAGCGCAGUCCUCGUCCCAUGCUUACUAGUACUUUUCCAAAAACUCCUGCGAGUACUCCAGUAAAUGCUUCAGCAUUCGUGUCUCCGACACACCUGUCAGAUUCAUUGAAUUUAUUAAAUAGUCCGACUCCUAAGGAUUUAAUUGGAGACACAUUUGGUAGUGGAGAUAAUCAAUUCAGUGAACACAAGGUAAACGAUGUCAGUAACAAUAAAGAGAACAAUAAUGAUAGUGAGAUACAGGAGGACAGUAAUAGGGACGAAACCAUCGACGAAAUCCCAGACAUAUCUCCAAAAGAAGUAGAAAACAAUUAUGAUCCUGAGGAGGAAAUAGGAGAUUUGUAUUUGGUUCAGAAGAAAAAAAAUACACAUGAAAGAGAGGAAUUGUUUCUUGUUAUUAAUCCAGACUAUAUCAAGGAACGAGAUUCUAUGACGAGAGAAGUAAAGCAACGAUGGGCAAUGAAUACUGUAUUGUCUUGUGAUAUGGGCGGAGGGCAAGAAACGAGUGUUGACAUUGUUUUUGAUACGACACGAAAGGAUCGACAAAAUAGGACAUACUAUUUAGAACUCGAAGACGCCAAGAAAAUCGUUCAAACUCUUGGUGAAACUAUAAGAUUACGACCAAUAAUGUUAAAAGUUUUUCAAUGCAUCAAAUGUUCUACACAUUUCUCACAAGACGAUGACAAUUGUCUCAUAACUAUAACCUCUAGUAAUAAAGCACCGAAGUGUCCUACUUGCCAAAGUACUUUGGUUAUACAAACGGAUGAACUGACGACACCUGAUGCGAGAAGCGCAGAAAAUUUUGAAGGAAAAAUAAAAGCUGGUCAACAGAAAGAUCAAUCUUUGAAUGUUCCUGCAGCUACAGAUCUACAGCAUUCUGAGUCACACUCGAGUAUCGGUGAAACGGAGGGUGGAGCUAUAUCCGUCACCACUUCUCCGGUGCACUUCGACUCUCACUUCCAAGCCCAAGUCUGCUGUUCGGCAACCAGUCUGGACGAAUCCAGGGAAUCUACUCCUUCAGCCAGUACUGUGGCUAAGAAAUAUGAAAGCGAUAUCGAGGUCCUUAGCAAUCCGAGCCAAAGUAGCAUCGAAGUUUUGGAUGAAGGUUCAAAGGCAAACGUGACACCAAGUAGGAAACGCUCGUCGGAGGAGAGGCGCAUUGCCGUUGCUCCGUCCCUUUUAACAAUUCCUGACACAGCUCCUAUUAUGACGGGUUUAACAGAAAGUAGUUCAUCAGGUUCAUUGACUGACAGCGUGUGCACUGCUUACGAGAAUAAAACUAACAAACAAGUUGAGACCAGCGAGAAGUCUCAGAGUAAAAGCAAUAACGAAGCCGAAUUGUCUGAUACUAUUGUGACAGAGAAAGAUACAGUAAUUACACCAGUGUCAAAUCUUACCUCGAUGUUAGGAGGAUUACUUCAAAGUAUGAAAAUUGGUACAAACAAGUGUUCACCGCCAAAGGAAGAGGAGGAACCGGAAUUUUUAAGAAAUGGCGUUCAGUACUCUUACACAGACUUCAGUAGCGUUGACCAUAGAGUGAAGCUUCAUAUUAUUUUAAACGUUUUUGAACACGAAUAUGAAGAUAUUGUUCUUGUUCUUCGUGCGGAAAUAUUGAUGAAGAAUAUGGCUGGAUCUUUUCCAGGAUGUUUAGUUAUGUCUACAUCGAAAAUUUAUGUAUUAAGAAUUACUGGGCCUGAGGGGGAGAACCCGCAAAGAUGGUUACAAAAGGAAGUCGCAUGGACAGUGGACAGGUUGCGUAGUUUUGCACCUUUGCCUUUCAAGCAGGGAGUUUUGGUUGAAUUGGAACAACCAAUGAAACUUGGCGAGGAAUCUUCCAACACAACCCUUUUGUGUGUUCUACAGGAUUUCCAAAGAACGUCGAAUUUAUUAUUUUAUCUCAAUGACCUACGGUUGCUGGAUAGUUGCGAGGUAGAGUUUUCUGUGCCCGAGCAUUGUAGUUCGCUAAUGCACAACUUAAUAAAGUCUUCCAAACACUAUCGAGAGAAUGAUAGCAUCAGAUUGCUCGCCAUGUUCUCAUUUGCAACAUUAAGAUUUGAGAAUCGCAAUGUGAAACUCAAGAUGUCAGGCUUGGUGAUAACUUCAUCGGCAUUAGUAAUAAUCGAAGACAAAAUGCACUGGUUGAUGCCAGGAAAUCCCGAAAUACCAGCUAUAAUGACAGAACAGCACAUGAGUAAUUUAAUAGAAGUGACACACGAAGGUACCUCUCUUACCCUGAGCUUCUUGGAUGAAGUUGCAAUGGCUGAAGAAACGUGGAUCUUGGAAUUUGUCUCGAAUGGAGCUGCUGAAGCAGUGAUAAGUUCUAUUCAGUCACCGUGGGAAGCAUUGUUUUCUGUACCUUUGCAAGUUACUACCAAAACAACAGAAGAGAAUGUUAAGGCAUAACGAAUUGCAGCACAAUACGCUUCAAUCCCCUUGCAGCUCUAUUUGUUUCUAUAAUCAAGAGAAUUUCAUUAUUGACGGAAUUGUGAUACCUGAUUAUCUGUUAAUUAUUAGUUUUUUAUCUCUGUUAUCGUAGGAUCAUAACUAUAUUUAAUACGAGAUUCAAGCGUUAUUGCACAUCUUUCGUAGGAUACGAAUAGCGAUUGCUUACACGUGUUUAAUACAGAUACACCGAUUACCGC